CAGCAGUCAGUUUAUUCACGAAACUGUCACUAUGAAUCGUACCAAAAUAAUCUAACUUUUGAGUUAAAUAAGUUCUUAUAAAAUUAUAUGUAAUGUGAACGUAGCGAGUUUAAAACGUUUAGCUCAAAAGUUUUAUUCUUCCUUUGUGAAAACACUCAGUUUGUAGUACGAAAUUUAAAGAAAAUAUAUGAAUUCUCUUCCAGUUAUAUUUUUCUUUCCGUUUGAUUGAAGAGUAUUUUGUUAGAAAAAACCUUUUUCAAAAUGCAAAGUCGUAGAACUUUCAAGCGUUUGCCGUCGGAAUAUGCAUUUGAUAUACCUCUCAAGGAAGUUGACCCGAAAGUAUCAGGCGAUACAUUUUGUGUUAUAACAAGAAGCUGGGACCAAACGUUUAUAAACAGAUAUCAAAAGUCACCAUCAUUGAACCUGUUUUACCCAUACAGUUACAUUAGAAGAGCUUCUAUGGCCUUUACUACUCAUAUAAUUUAUGACAUUGGAAUACUCUUCAUUGUGGCAGCAAAUCUGAUGAAUUUGGUUAAACCCGGAAUCUUGCCUUUAUUUUUUGAGCGACUUACACUGCUAUUUUAUGUCACUGAGGCAAUCCAUCAGUCAAUAAGCAGAGGGUUUGUUGGUGGUUCUUAUUCCUAUUUAAGGAAUCCUUGGAUGUGCUUUGAUUUUAUGAUAACUAUUUUAAGCUUGUACAAUUUUGAUGUUGAAAGGAAGGAUCGCAUACCUGGACUGCAGACCUUUCGUGGUAUUCGACUAUUUCCAAUAGUAGCAAAAAUACCAGGUGUUCGAAUCUUAGUUAGAGGAUUAGUUCUAUCAGUGACUCAAAUGAUGAGUGUAACAACAAUCAUAUUUAUAUUUCUGACAGUAGUUUCAAUAACUGCAAAACAUAUAUUUAAAGGUGUAUUGUACAAUAAAUGUGUGAGAAAUCUGCCUAGUAAUUUUACUAGUUUGAACAUAUCAUACUUUCAUUUUAUUCAAAAUUCAUCUAAUUGGUUAAUGGAUCAAAACUGGAAUCCUUUAAUCUGUGGAAAUGUUACUGGAGCAAGAAAAUGCUAUGACAAUUACACCUGCCUUCCUGACAUUGGGUCCACACCCUUUGAAAAUAUUUCAAACUUUGACACUUUCAGUAUAUCCUUGUUGAACAGCUUAAGACUGAUAUCUACAGACACUUGGGAAUUACUCUUAGAUGAUAUAUUGCAUGCAGUAGGUCCACUUUGUGGGUUUUUCUUUGUGCCUGUGGUUCUAAUAGGCACGUACUAUCUUAAAAAUUUAAUGCUGAUAGUUGUUGUUACGGCCUUUGAAUCUGCAAUGGAAAAUAAAGAAAAGGAGAGACUGUCUUCCUAUUCCUAUUAUGACUCUUUUCCUUUUGACAUUGAACGGUUGGCAAUCUACCCUCUUGAAACGACACGUGAGACUUUAGAUGAGGUUCUGCAAGAGAGAUGUUAUCUAAUUGAUCACAGGAAAGCUGUCCAAGAAAAGUGGAAGCAGAUGAAAAAUAUUAUAACCAUGAAACAGGCUGUUAUUAAACAAAUGCAAGCAAAAGAAAGUGAUAUUGGAGUCAGUGGAAAUAAUGGGAAAUACCAGACAGCUACACGCUGCUGGAAAUAUCUUCAGAGUUUGUUUAAAACUAUUGCUAAAAGUGCCAUUUUUGAAAAAUUUAUUCUGUUUAUUAUACUUGUAAAUGCAGCAUUUCUUGCAGCAGAACAUUCCAGUAUGUCACAGACAUUUUUUGAAGUUUUAGAAAUUGGAAACAUGGUGUUUGUUUGCAUUUUUUCCUUGGAAUUUGUCAUUUUGUUUAUUGCAUUUGAUAUUCGUUACUUCUCAAAGUGGUUCAAUAUAUUAGAUUUUUUUGUUCUAAUAAUCACAAUAUUGAGUGUUUCUAUUGCAAGCUUGUAUCAGUACAGAAUUGUUAGAACAUUUAGAUUGUUUAGCCUCUUGCGAUUCCAGAAGUCUUGGCAUGCUUUCAAACAGAUCAUUGAUAUCACCAUUGCUUCAUUUUUUAAAAUAUUGCGCCUUGUAAUAUUGCUCUCAUUGGUUAUUUUCAUUUUUGGAGUUAUAACCAAUCAAGUUUUAGGAUCCUAUUAUGAAGAAUCUCCAGAUCCUCCCAGAUGGUCUUUUGCUACAUUUGGAGGAUCAGCAUUUAUAGUACUCAAUGUCAUUACGGGUGAAUGGAUUGAUUUCCUUUUCACUUGCAUUGAGGUGUCGGAUAAAUCAUCUCUGUGUCCAUUUCUUUUCAUAAUCAUGUUUGUAAUUGCUAAUCUUGUGAUAGUCAGUCUCUUCACUGCUUUACUCCUCAGCUCCUUUGAAGACCAUGUUCAGUUUGAUAGAAAAAGAAACAGACUGUCUCAGUUAAAAGGAUUUGUAUUUCACUUGUUCUCAGUUUUAGAGAGACAAAUUGUAGACAUGUGUAAGAAAAAGGGUUGUAUAGAAUUCUUUGACGAUUUGAAGGAAACUAAACUUUACCUUAAAUUAAAGCAAUUUGCUUGUAGUAAUACAUUUGAAGGAAUUACAAUUUUCUUUGUGUUCUGGAGUUGUCUAAUUAUUAUACUUGAUGAGUCUGGUGUUGAUGAACAUGACACGCCUAUCCAAUAUAUGAUUGUCAAAAUCUCAUCUUUUUCCUUAGCUGUGCUGUUUACUUUUGAAAUGUUGUUGAGAUGGCUUGCUAUUGGAUUAAAAAGCUAUUUUACUGAACCAUACACAAUAUUGGACUUCAUAACAUUAACAUUUCUCAUAGCUGAAUUGGUUCUUGAAUAUGGUUUUGAUAAAGGAUAUGCAGUGACAAAAUUUAGAGCACUCAGAGCUUUCCGACCUCUACGCUUUAUUAACACAGUGAGAGGGAUGGAGACAAUUGUUGGAGCCCUUGUUUUAUCCCUACCAGUCAUCUUCCGAGUCGUUAUUGUUUGCCUCUUCUUCUGGCUACCAUUUGCUAUUCUUGGCAUUAACUUUUUUGCUGGAUUGUUCUUUCGUUGUGUGGACUACAGGGGGAAUGUUAUUGACUCCUCUGUCGUUUCUGGAAAAAUUGAGUGCCUGGAAAAAAAUUAUACGUGGAAGAAUAAUUUUAUGAACUUUGAUCAUAUUGGAAACAGUUACAUGACACUUUUUCAAGCAGCUCUAUUUGCAAACUGGGCAGAUUUAGCACAACUGAUGGUUGAUCACAGAAGAAGUAAUAUGCAACCACUGAUAAAUGCUCACCCUGAGCACUUUAUUUUUGUCAUACUUUUUCUCCUUGUUGGAGGUUUCUUCACCAUUAACUUGUUUGUUGGUGUUGCUGUUGAUACAUUUAAAACAAUGCACAAACGUGUGGAAGGUGGACCAGCUGAAUUUGCUCUCACAAAACCUCAAAUGCUUUAUUAUCGUGCUAUGCGAAAAAUUGGUCGGAGAAAAUUUAUGAUCCUCGUCGAGCCUCCGUCUAAUCUGUUCUGCAAGAAAUGUUUUAAAAUCAUUGACAGUUGGUGGUUCAGAAUUGCUUCUUUUAUUUUAAUUUGUACCAAUACAAUAAUUGUUGCUGCCUCGUCUUAUAAAAUAUCACAUACUAAGGCUAGAACUUUACAUCUUAUUCAAUACAGUUUUAUACCCUUCUAUCUGCUAGAGUGCUUGAUUAAAAUCUGUGGCCUGGGAAAACAUUACUUUAAAGACAUUUUCAAUAUACAGGAUUUGUGUACUUUUGUUGUGUAUAUUGUUGGAGAAAUAGUUCAUAAUAUUUUUGGUACUCCUGCUAACGUAUGUGCUUUUCUGUUUGCUUUUCGGAUUACGAGAGUCUUUGAUUUGCUUCAGUUAACAGACGUGUUUGUUAGUCUCCGCCUUUUGAUGUAUGCUACUAUAGCUUCUAUACCCUCACUGCUGAACCUCUGUUUGCUUCUAUUUAUUAUUCACUUUAUAUAUGCUAUUGUAGGAAUAGCAUUAUUUGGUUAUGUGAAGCAUAGUGGAUAUUUAAACACCCAAUCUAAUUUUGAACGCAUCCAAAAUGCUUUGCUGGUUCUCUUUCGACUUACUACGUCUGAAGGUUGGGAAAAAGUCUAUGAAGGAUUGAGUAUAGAACCACCUCAAUGUGUUUACCAUAUCUAUACAGAUCAUAUUUGGACUUCUAAUUGUGGUAAUAAGGUAGCCGCAGCUAUUUUUCUUGUCAGUUUCAUUUUCUGGACUAACAUUAUACUUGUGAAUAUAUUCAUUGCUGUUAUUUUGGAUAACUACAAAGCAGCCAUAUCUGAAGAACAGGAUAUUUUCAAAGAAAGAAAUCUAAUACUCUUCAAUAAGACUUGGAGGAAGUACGAUCCCACAGGAACUCAGUUCAUUCAUAUUGAAAAAUUACCCACUUUCUUGGAUGAACUGACUAGAGAUCUAAGGGUGGCAAAACCGAACGGUAUUGCAAUAGCUUACAUGGAAUUGCCAAUUACCACUGCAAAUCAAGUACACAGCUUGGAAGUACUGCAGGGCAUCUUGAAAGUAAAGUCUGGUAGAGUAGAAGAUACAGAUGUCUUUGUGGCACUGAGAAAUCAAAUGCAUUUGAGAUAUGAGCGUAUGUUUCCAGAGUUGAAAGGAUCUCGCUUUAUUUUUACAACUAUGGAACUCAAGAGAAGAAACUACGCAGCCAAAAUACUGCAGAUGAAUUUUAAAAAACUGCAACAAUCCAGAUUAACCUUAAUGGAAAUAGAACGACGCAAGAUUAAACUGGAUGUGCUUUCUGCUUUCCCGUCAUCUCACAAAAGACCAUCACUGGCACCUAGCAGGCGACUGUCGAUAUUGGCCAAUCAGCUUUAUUCUACAGUUCCCUCUCAAAAAGUUUCCAGGAAGAGAAAGAUUGUUGUGCCAUAAAGCAGUUUGAUUUCUUUGAAUGAUACUUUCUAUACUCAAAUGCAAAUGUAUCAAGAUGUUUAAAAUAAAUAAAAUGUAUUAAAC